CGACCGGUGGUUGUUCGCGCAGGCCUCGCAGAAAACAAGGAGUUGCGCAAGAAGGCGGAGCGCCUCGCCGCCGUGGAGGCGGAAAAAGAGAUGCUCGAGAAGCUACUCGACGACCUGGCGCUGGUGCGGGACACAAACAAGAAGGACCUCGCGGACGCGGACAAGGCGAUCGCCGCGCAAGGCACGACGAUUGCCACGCUCGAGUCCAAGCUCACGCAGAAGGAAGACGCCAUCGCGCUGGUCGCCGCGAAGGACAAGGAGAUCGAGAAGAUGAAAGAGGCGCGCGCGAAGGAGAAGAUCGACGAGGCGAACGAGAAGAUGAAUUUGCGGCGUCAGUCGGCCGAGCGCGCCAAGACCAAGGCGACGGCGCUCGAGGACAAGUUAGAUACCGUGAAGGCGGAGAACGACGCGUUGCGCCGGGACCUGGCCGCGAAGGACAAGUCGCUGGCGGAGCUCGCCGAGGCCCAAGUCAAGGCCACGGCGCUCGCGGAAAAGUUAGAUGCGGCCGCGGUCGCGGAAGCGGCGCUGCGCCGGGACUACGACACGCUCACGGCCGAGGCGCGCCAGUCGGUGGCGCGGCUCGAGACGACGCGCGCCGAACUGAAGGCGCGUGAGGAGAAAUCAGAUGAGGCGCGCUGCGCUUCCGAAGCGGCGGGCGCGAAGGCGGCGACGGAGCGGGAGAAGCUACGCGUGAAGCUGGAAGCAUCACGCGCGAAGUGCGCCACGCUCGAGUCGGAACUCAAGGCCGCCGCCGCGCGCGCGGCGCAACCGGAGCAACCGGAGCAGGUCGACGAGCCGACGCCGUCCGUGCGGAAGCCGAGAAUGGGCGUGCUGUCUGCGCGACGGAAUUCUCGCAAAUUAUCUUUGAAGGCGCCGCUCCCGGGGCCGCUCCGCGACGCGAACACGGAGAACCAGGGCCCAGCGGCGGCUGCAGAGCCGGAGCGGUCGGCGGCCGUCAAGGAACUGCGGGGCGAGCAGGACGCGGCCGCAGGCGCUGCGUUUGCGGCGGUGCUAGCCGAGAACGAUUCCAAUGCCGCGGCGCUCUCGAUCAAAGUCGCGGACCUCCGACGGGCCAAUCUGAAGAUCGAGGAGCAGGGGCGGGCACUCGAGGCGAAAGAGAAGGAACUCGAGGCGCACGGUGAGCGCGCGAAGGAGCAGGAGGACCGGCUCCAGAUGUACUCGCGCCAGGGGGACGCCAAUAAAAAGUGCGAGGACCAGGCGCGGCAAAUCGUGAAGAUGGACGAGGCGCUGGCCGAAGCCGCGGUCAAGAUCCAGAAUCUCUAUAGAAAGUACCUCGAUGCCAGUGGCGCCCUCGAGGUUGUGAUCCGCAUCAAGAAAACGACGGGCGAUGCUGAUGAUCCGGCCGUGUCCGCCCUCAAGCCCAUGUCCGACGGCCAGCAGGUGGUUCUCGCUACGGCCGACGGGUCGAAGCUCUUCGAGUUCGACCGGGUCUUGGGGCCCGACGCCGAUCAGAAAAUAGCCUACGAUCAGGUCGCUCCGUUUGUGGCAUCUGCGCUCGACUUGCACAAUGAUGCCCUCGUGAUGGCAUACGGUGGAACCGGCGCCGGCAAGACGUUCACCAUGCAGGGCGACGCGUCGGGCGCGGGUCGGGGCAUAGUGCCGCGGGCCGUGGAGCAGAUUGGGGCCUACUGCGUGCAGCGCGCGACCGCCGGCUGGGACUACGAGAUGAUAGUCCAGUACGUGGAGAUCUACUAUAAUGACGUGCUUUGGGACUUGUUGGUGCCAAGGAGGAACGCAGACUACGGGCGCUCCAAGGCGCUGUCUAGUUUAGGGAUCCGCCGCCACUCGGAGACGAAGCGCCUCUACGUCGAGGGCGCGACGCAGAUCUCGGUGGACCCCACCGACGCGGACGCCGUCCAGAACCUCCUGGCGGCCGCGGCGCCGCGGCGCUCGGUCGCGUCGACAAACACGAACGACGUCUCGUCGCGGUCGCACGCCGUCCUCGUGCUGCUUCUGAAGGGCACGAACGAGGUCCUCGGCGAGGUCGUCCACAGCACGUUGACCCUCGUCGACCUCGCGGGCAGCGAGCGCGUCGAGAAGUCGGGCGUGGUCGGCGAGCAGCUGAAGGAGGCGGGGGGCAUCAGUCGGUCGCUGUCGGCGCUCACGAACGUCUUCGACGCACUCGUCGACAAGCGGUCCCACGUGCCGUUCCGCAACUCGAAGCUCACCUACCUGCUCACGGACGCGCUCUCGCACGGCAAGGCGCUCGUGCUCACGAACGUGUCGCCGGAGCCGGAGUUCGCGGCCGAGACGGAGAAGUCGCUCCUCUUCGCGCAGCGCGUGAAGAAGGUCGAGCUGGGCAAGGCGCGCCGCGAUGUCAAGUACAAGGGCUCGGGAACGGCCGUCGGCGCGAAGCGGACGGCGUCGCGCGGCGGCCGCCGCGCGUGAGCCUCUACUCUUCCCGCGCGGCGGCGGUCAGCGCGGCCAUUCCCCAGCCCCUCAAGUCCCAGUCGUAA